AUAAUAAAGAGGAGCUUGUAGACACUAUAUAUACACACACCUCUGCAAGCUUCAAUAUUAGAGAGCUGAGAACUUCUUCUUCUCUUCACUACUUCAUUUUUCUCCCCCCCUCUCUCUCUCUCUCACACACACACACAAUGGAGAAGGUGUUAGGGCUGAGCCACCUCUUCAUGACGGUGUUCCUCUACUGCUUCGCCAACUUCAUGGUGGGUCCGGCCAUCACCGACGUCACCAUGGCGGCGCUUUGCCCCGGAAAAGACGAAUGCUCCUUGGCCAUAUAUCUCACCGGAGCUCAACAGGCGGUGACUGGAUUGGGAUCACUCAUGAUAAUGCCUUUGGUUGGGAAUCUUUCCGACAUUUAUGGAAGAAAAGUGAUGCUCACAGUUCCCAUGACUCUCUCCAUUUUCCCUCUAUUGAUACUGGCGUACAGCAGGACAAGAUAUUACUUCUACGCUUAUUAUGUGCUGAAAACUCUGUUUUCAAUGGCCACUGAAGGCAGCGUCCAGUUUCUUGCUCUUGCAUAUGUGGCGGAUAAUGUUUCAGAGAGCAGAAGGGCUGCAGUUUUCGGCGUCAUGUCCGGCUUCGCUUCUUCUUCCUUCGUCUUUGGAAAUUUCUCCACCCGAUUUCUCUCCACUUCAGCCGUUUUUCAAGUUGCUGCUGCAAUGUCCGUGGUGGCCUUGGUCUACAUGAGAAUCUUCCUUCAAGAGUCCGUCGCCAACCACGCCGCUUCUUGCAAGACUUCAGAAACCGAUUGCCUUCUCGAGAAAUCUCCCUCCAAAAACUGGAAACUUUUCAAGACUCUGCCCUCUCUCAAUGAAUCCAUUUCCUUGUUGAAAACUAGCCCCACUUUUUCCAAAGCAGCUAUGGUUGCAUUCUUCAUCAAUGUUGCAGAUGUUGGCCUCUUUGCUUCUUUGACGUAUUACUUGAAGGCUCAAUUCCACUUCAACAAAGAUCAGUUCGCUGAUCUUAUGAUUAUAGCUGGAGUUGCAGGUGUAGUAUCACAGCUCAUCAUCAUGCCUGUACUAACUCCCCUCAUGGGAGAAGAAAGGAUGCUUUCUGUUGGACUGUUUUUCGCCUGCGCUCACAUUGUGCUUUACAGCGUGGCUUGGGCACCAUGGGUACCUUAUGCUGCAGCAAUGUUAUCAGUUGUGGCUACUUUUGCCCUUCCAUGUCUACGUAGUAUUGCAUCCAAACAAACUGGACCGAGUGAACAGGGGAAGGUUCAAGGGUGCAUAACAGGCAUCUGCUCCUUCGCCAACAUCAUCUCACCUCUUGUUUUCAGCCCUUUAACAGCUCUGUUUUUAUCAGAUAAUGCGCCGUUUCACUUCCCUGGAUUCAGCAUUAUGUGCUCUGGCUUAGUUGCUAUGAUUGCGUUCGUGUAUAGCACCACGAUAAGGCCACCUCCGACACCUUCCAAGAGCUGCAGCAGCGAUUUUUGCAGCUCUAGCACCGUGGACCCUUUAGUUUGAUACAGUGAUCAGGAUUUAGCUAAUGAUUUACAUUUUUUAGGAGGCAUGUUGAAGGAGGCAGCCUGCUUCGAAUAGCAAGGGUAUUCAUCAUUCAUGUAUUAAUUUAUAAGCCUAUAUGUAUUGUUUGCAUGUAUUUUCUUUAAUUCUUGAAUUAGCAUAUGGAAAUGUAGGAAUUGUGUAAAGGCAGUGGAAGAAAUUGGCUAUUGUAAAUGAGACUAGAGCUGAAAAAUUCCCAUGCAUGUAUAUAUUAUGGAGUAUAUACGGAUGUGCCGUGGUUGCCCUCACAAUAUACUUUACUUAUCUAA